UGACCAUGUGACCGGGCGGGUGCCUGUCAUGGCGGCGCUGCUGCUUGUGUGCGCCGCUGUGUGUCCGCGGGCGGGGGCCGCCGUCUACCGGCUGGACGACAAGCCCGGCCUGGGCCCCGAGUUUGACGGCGUCGGCGGCCUGAGCGGCGGCGGGGCAACUUCACGACUUCUUGUAAACUACCAAGAGCCUUAUCGCAGUCAAAUCUUGGACUAUUUAUUCAAGCCAAACUUCGGCGCAUCUUUGCAUAUCUUGAAAGUGGAGAUUGGUGGUGAUGCCCAAACAACAGAUGGGACAGAACCGUCACAUAUGCACUAUGAAGAUGAUGAAAAUUAUUUCCGAGGAUAUGAGUGGUGGCUGAUGAAAGAAGCAAAGAAAAGGAAUCCUAAUAUUAAAUUAGUUGGACUACCCUGGGCUUUCCCUGCUUGGAUUAGUGGUGGAGAGAAUUGGCCAUAUGUUUACCCAGACAGAACUGCCUUUUAUAUUUCUUCAUGGAUUCAUGGCGCUAAAUUGUAUCAUAAUCUCGAUAUUGAUUAUGUUGGGAUUUGGAAUGAGAGAAGUUAUAACAGAAAAUAUAUAAUGGUGCUGCGUCAAUCACUGGAUAAAGUUGGUUUAAAGAAUGUUGGUAUUAUUGCUGCAGAUGGAAAGUGGGGAAUCGCAAAUGAUUUAAUAGUUGAUCCAUACCUAAGUGACGCAGUUGAAAUUAUAGGAGCCCAUUAUCCAGGAACCGUUUCAAGCAGCAAUGCCAGGAAGACUGGCAAGAAGCUAUGGUCUUCUGAAGACUACAGUACUGUUAAUAAUGACAUAGGAGGAGGGUGUUGGGCUCGGAUACUUAACCAGAAUUAUGUCAAUGGCAACAUAACUUCCACAAUCGCAUGGAAUCUGUUGGCAAGUUACUACAAAGAGUUACCAUUUGGCCAGGAUGGGCUGAUGACAGCAGAUGAACCAUGGAGUGGGCACUACGAAGUGCAGUCACCCAUUUGGGUCACAGCACAUACUACGCAGUUCACUCAGCCAGGAUGGCAUUACCUGAAGAAUGUCGGUCACCUGAAGAAGGGUGGCAGUAAUGUAGCCCUUACGGAUGGGAAGGGAAACCUCACCAUUAUCGUAGAGACCAUGAGCCACGAUCAUUCGGUUUGUAUCCGGCCUCCACUGCCACCUUUUAAGGUUUCCCCGCAGAAUGUAACCUUCCAGUUGCAAGGAUCAUUUAAACAGAUCGAGACUUUAAAAGUUUGGUAUACAAAAUUUGACUUCUUCAAGAAUUCCUCCAAGUUUUUUUCUCAACAUUCUGACAUCAAGGUAGUCAAUGGAGCAUUUUCGAUGCCUGUGGGGGUGGAUGAAAUAUGGACCAUGACCACAAUCAGCACAGGGAAACGAGGCACUGUUCCUCAGCCACCUCCCUCCAGAUCAUUUCCUAAGGACUACAAGGAUGACUUUAAUGUCAAGACUCCGCCAUUCAGUGAAGCACCUAAUUUUGCUGACCAGACUGGAGUGUUUGAAUAUUUCAUAAACUACAACGAUCCUGGUGACCAUGUAUUUACUCUGCGACAGGUCGUAACUGAGCGACCUAUAACUUGGGCAAGUGAUGCUGACCAAACAAUUAGUGUUAUUGGUGAUUACAAGUGGCAAGAUGUAAACAUAACCUGUGAUGUACUCAUUGAGACGGCCAACACUGGUGGUGUGUUUAUUGCUGGGAGGGUUAAUAAAGGCGGGGAACUUAUUCGACAUGCAGAAGGCUUGUACUACUGGAUCUUUGCGGAUGGGACGUACAAAGUUACAAAUGACCUGCCUGGUAAAACCGUGUUGGCUUCAGGCAAAUCGGGUACACGUGCGUGGAAAUGGCACACGCUCACUCUCAGGAUUCAGGGUGAUUCCGCGUAUGGAUUAUUGAAUGGCUACCCACUGUGGAAAGAUGUCCGUGUCACUCACCCUCAAAAUGGAUGGGCUGCAAUUGGAACGCGUGGCUUCGAACUGGCUCAGUUUGAUAAUUUUCACGUACAGGCUGGUUAAUCUCAAGUAAACCCACUCCUGCAAAUCUAAGCACAAUGGCUUCUGCAGUUUUGAAGUGCCUUAACUGAGCACGGGUAUGUUUCCCCACUUUUGUACGUUUAGGCAUCGGAGGCAACUGCUUAAUGAAAUCUUCACAGAGUGCUUAAAUAUUUCUCCGAGCUCCACUCUCUCCUAAAAUUGUAAAUCUGAUGAUUUCCUCACAGGUGCCAAUUCUAUGGUAAUUGUUACAAGACAUGUUGCUUCAGCCACAAUUCAUGACAUUACCUUUCAAGCAAAUGUUUGCAUUUAACUACUUAACACAACUAUUUGCUCACUUCUACACUAGGUAUGAAUUGCAACAAAAUGAAGGUAUUGUGUGACUGGGAAAGGUAAAACAUCUUCCUCCUCAAUCUAUAACUGUCGAGCUGUUUGCCGAGAUCCCUACUGGAUGUUAAGAAAUUUCCUCCAGUUAAAUAUACAUUGGAAAUAAAGUUGUCUUCAGUUUGGGCCACUAACCCUGGGAGUGAACUACCAAACCCUCUGUCUCCCUGGCAACUGACUGAGGCUGAACCUGACUAUCAAAUACGAACCUCUCACGAGCUUUGGACCAGAUAUUUAUGCAAUUACCGAAGAAUUAUAUCCGUCUUUUGUGAUAUCAUUUCAACUCCAUUCCUGCUUAAACCCAUAUGCUCAUUAACCAACCAUAGACUUGAACUCUCCAACUUUCAUCUAGCCAGUUUCCAUGAUCUACCUCCCAUAGACAGCACUUCAUCAAAAACUCAAGCAUCUUAGAUUGCACCAUUUAGCCAUCAGCCUGAACUUUCUGACCAACACCCGGCCUCAUUCCUACUCCUCUCUAUGAUCUUCUUCCUCCAAUGCCUCCUCUUUCCACCUGGUGAGAAUCCCUCGUGUUUAUUGUUUCACCAAUGGUACAUGCGCCUUCUUGCCAAAAAGCAGAAUUCCCUCCCUAAAUAGCUUUGCUCUGGUGGCAUGGUUCCUUCUAAGGUGCUGCUUAAUCCCUGCCUUUGACCAAGUUUAAUUUGCAUCCCUUAAGUCUCAACAUGGUGAAUUAAUAUGAUGAUACCCCUGGGAAGCACUGCCAAUUAUUUUUAUAUGUAACAGGCUAUUUAAAUUGUGGUAAUGUUGGUGUCAUUGUUGUUGCUGUUAAUCCACGCUGGAUUGUUGCAAGUAUCCAGUCUGGAAUAAUUUGUUGACUUGUUCAUUCUCUUGUAUAAAGUUUUGGUUUAUUUUUAAUCCAAUGUUUAAUAUCAAGCCUUACUCUAAAUGUUCAACAUUGUUUUUCUAAUGCAAACAUAACAUGUCAUUUUGCAAAUAAAAAAGUCUUACAUUUUAUAAAAAGGUUUGUGUUGAGCCAAUAAAAAAUGAUCUCGUCCAA